AGGAGGAAACAAGCAGUGCCGCGCUUUGUGUGCUGAGGGGGGCGAAGCGCCGGGGUCUCCCACUUUCCUUGGAAGCAGUAGCGAGCAGAGGUGCGCCGAGAGAUCGGCCUCGUUGGGACAGUUGGGGUCUCGGCGCGCAGCGACGCCCUUUGGUAUAAGCCAUAUCGACAUUGAAGAAUUAGCAAGCCCAAACAAGUGAAGAUAUAUACCUGUGUGGGUGAGAAUAUAGCAUUAUGUUCCAAGCUAAGGGACCGUCCAGUACAGCCUCUUCUAAUGAAGCAAAGAGCAACAUGGGGACAUCUAUUGUACAGAGAUCCAAGUCAUUCAGCCUGAAGGCCCAGGUGAAAGAGACAUGCAAUGCCUGCCAGAAAACUGUCUAUCCUAUGGAGCGCCUGGUGGCUGAUAAAUUUGUCUUCCAUAACUACUGCUUUUGCUGUAAGCAUUGCCACACCAAGCUAAGCUUGGGUAGUUAUGCAGCUCUCCAUGGGGAAUUCUACUGCAAGCCACAUUACCAGCAGCUGUUCAAGAGCAAAGGCAACUAUGACGAAGGUUUUGGACGCAAGCAGCACAAGCAACUGUGGCUGCAGAAAGAGGUGGAGAAUGGUCUGUGUUGCUUGGAACUGAGGAAAGGAGCAGGUGUUAUUUCAAACAACCAAGUUUGGCACCCUUUUUAGUGCUGCAAAAUUGAAUAGGAAUGAAGUCAUUCAACAUUUUGGAAUAGUGACGUAAAAUGUUAAGUUCAGAUCCUAAAAGCUAAAAAUGGAUAUAAGACACCAACUUUUUUUCUGAACUGUACUAUGAUUUGACUUGUUAUGUACUUUACUAUUAAAAAAAAAUCAACUUGCAGAGAAAAUCUUCAAUAAAGGCCUGAACCUCUGCUGAGAUCAUGGAGGAUCAUAACCAAGAAUAAGACUUCAAUAUGUUAUUUCCAGACAGAGACUUGGGCAGCAUAAUCUGCAUUGUGCUGGGAUGUACUGAACUAUUUUGGUGUAUUUAGUAUAAGUGCUAUUCCAAUAUGAAGGUGGGCGGGAUAUUUUUGAGCACAUUCUUCAAUCCUGAAGCAUCUACUAAGGAAUUGGACAAUGAUUCAUUCUCUUUAUUUGGCCGGUAGUAAGCGUAACAGAAGCUACUGAAUUUCUUGAUUCUCUGAAAACCGAAAAAGCACUCACUGAAUUAAUUACAAGGAAUUCAGAUUGAGUGUAUCAGUAUCCAUGUCUAUCCAUCUAUAUACUGCGUUGCCAGUACCUCCAGAAAUUAAGUAAGAAAGCACUAUUGUUCCAUUUUAUUACAUGAAAUUGGGAUUGGCCCGCCUCACCCGUGCCAGUAAAAUGUGAAUUCUGGCUAGCAGGUUCUAGGAGAAGGAUCUUUUCUACUGUGGCUCCUUCCCUUUGGAACAUUGUGCUUCAGGAGGUGAAAUCUGAUCCCACCCCUUUGACCUUCUAAAAGGACCUGAAAACCUUACUCUGCAAAUUGGCCUCAGGGCCCCGAUCAGAGUGUGUUAUUUUGGAAGCGGUUAAUAGAUAGAGAGAAUACUUUUUCUGCCCUGUGUGCAUCUUGCUCCCUUUCUUGCCCCCUUUGUUAAUUCUAAGUCAAUUUUAAUGUUAAUAUU